CGGCCAUUCUGCGACGUAGCGCCGAGCUUGGCAGCCUCUCUCAGCUGCAGAUUUGGGACGACGAUGAGGUCGACAUGGUGAUGAUGACAUCGCCCAGAUGACGACUCAAGCAUCAACGGUGGUCUCGCCGCCUCAGGUGCUCCUGUCGCCUCCCAGUCCGAUACCGGGAACAGAGGAAGCAUCAUCGGCGUCCGCGACGCAGAUUCUGUACCCACGAGACUCUGUAGGCUCAGGUCAAGCCGAUCUGCCGGCAGGUACAACGGCUCAGCCUUCCAUGACCACUACACUCGCAGCUCCGUCGCCCGCGAGCGAGGGAGACCAUGCUGGCGAUGUUCGAGUCUCGUUCCUGCUCGUUAGCUCGGGCAAGAAGACGCCAGAGUACCACUUUGAUGCUCAGACAAAGGUCGCACAAGUCAUCGAAAGGCUCUACACCGAUUGGCCUGGCGACUUGGCCGCCGAUAUGCCACCUGACCGCAGCACCAUACGACUAAUACAUCGUGGACGCUUUCUCAACGCAGGCGAGAGCCUACGAGACGCACGGCUUGCGCCCGAUGCUGUGACGACAUUGCACCUCACGGUUGCGUCAAACGCUCAAAAGAGCGAGAGUACCCACAUUGAGAAACCUCGCGACAAAGGCCUCUGUUCGAGCUGCGCAAUAAGUUAGCCAAUCACUG